AUGAUGAGCAUAAUCAAGCAUCCAGCAGCUUUCCAUGGACGGAAGAUGAGAAGGAAGACAGCGGCCAAACGCCUUCUGAACAACGACAAUGAAGGAGGAGACUCAGAGCAAACACAGUGUGAAGCUAUUGAGCAUAGACCGUCGAAGAUGAGGCAGCAGCUGCACCCUCUCAGAGACAAGCAGGAGAAGCUUACAUCAUGUGAUGCUGGUCCUCUGAAGCUCAUAACGAGGACUUUUGAAGUUGAAAACACAGCAGGACUGACCAUUGGAGAUGGUGACAUCACUAUGGAGGUGUUAGGAAAUCUCCAGACCUGCACAAGGUCAGAACUCAUCGCCAUGGUAUUGAGCAUGCAGAGGGAGACGGACAGCCUCAGGGAGCAAAUCAAGACUCUCACAGCUUGUGGAAAGUUGGCGCAAACUCUUGAGGAGAUGGCCAGCAAAAGCGAUGGAUGGUUGAACUGCUGCAGUCUAAAUAUGACCCCCAGUAUUCCGAGAGAACAUGAUGGAAACUCUGCACCCAGUCCGAUUCCUGCUUCAAAAGUCCAAAGUGACAGUGGGAUAGAGCAGCAGAGCUCCACUCAGCAGGGCUGUGGUCAUGACGUAAAUGAGAAAACACCAAGAAGUGAAACACUUCUAUACCAAGAGGUUAUCCCAGCGGAGCUGCUGGAGCGCUGUAACACAGGGACUACAGCCCAGAAGCUGACCAACGAGCUGCUACGCGGCCUCUAUGACAGAGACUGCCUGGCCUCGCACUCCAUCUCCGGCGUCAUUAACAGUAAGAGAGGACAGCCCAAGCCUGCACUGCCUGCCCACGAGAUCCAGGCCAUCCUGAGAGCAGUGCAGCACUACUUCCCUGGAAAGACAGACUCUGAGAUUAAGGGCUAUAUUCGACAGAAGCUUCAGAAUGAAGCCAAAAGGUUGAAGAAGAAGCCGCACCCCGCCGAGGAUCCAUUGGUUGGGCCUUAGAAAGGGGUGGGUACAGAAAAGUAAGAAA